AUGUUAUUACAUAAAACAUCGAAUGGCCAGGAAGAUUCAAGUGCAAAAAUGAAAAUCCUUCCAAAGAACAUUAAAUUGUUGGCUUCACAAUUGCGUGAUAAAUCUCUGAGCUGCGACGAUGUUUCUGCGAGUGUUUUCAACACGAUCCGGAAAACCCGGGAUUUAAAUGCCUUCAUAACAGUCACCGAGGAAGUGGCUCAGAAGCAGUGGGCAGACUCGAGGGAAAGGCAUAAAUCAGGGAAAUCUUUAGGAGAUUUGGAUGGUGUACCCAUUGCAGUAAAAGACAAUUUUUGCACAAAGAAUAUUCGUACGACAUGCGCUUCCCGGAUGCUGCAGGACUUCAUUCCUACCUACAGUGCCACAGUGUAUGAGAAAUUGGCCCAGUGUGGAGCGACGUUGAUUGGGAAAACAAAUAUGGAUGAAUUUGCCAUGGGAUCCGGUGCGACAGAUUCAAUUUUUGGACCGGUGCGGAAUCCCUGGAACCCGGAACACAUUUCUGGUGGAAGUUCCGGAGGUUCUGCCGUUGCAGUGGCAACAGGGAGUUGCUAUGCUGCUCUAGGAUCCGACACAGGUGGUUCUACGAGGAAUCCAGCGGCCUAUUGUGGCGUUGUGGGAUUAAAACCAACUUAUGGACUUCUUUCGCGGCAUGGACUAAUUCCCCUUGUCAACUCCCUGGAUGUUCCUGGAAUUCUCACGAGAACCGUCGAAGACUGUGCUACAAUCCUCAAUGCAAUCGCAGGGACAGAUCCGAAGGAUUCAACAACCAUUCAGGGAUCCCCAAAAGAAGUCGUGCUUUCGCCAGUUCAAGAUAUUUCUCUGCGAGGUCUCAAAAUUGGUAUCCCACGGGAAUACCACAGCCCACAGUUGGAGGAAAAUGUUCACGAAACAUGGAGAUUUGUAGCGAAUUUGCUAAAGGAUGCAGGAGCAGCAGUUAAUGGCGUUUCCCUCCCUCAUACAGCAUCCUCAAUUGCUGUGUAUUCUGUUCUGAAUGCCUGCGAAGUGGCCAGCAACAUGGCACGCUACGAUGGAAUUGAGUAUGGCCACAGAGCUUCCGAUGAAUCCAGCACGGAAGCGCUGUAUGCGAAAUCAAGGGAAGCGGGAUUCAAUAGGGUUGUCAAGACGAGAAUUCUCUCCGGGAACUUUUUCCUCCUUCGUCGAAACUACGAGAGUUACUUCAAGCAAGCCCUGAAGGUGCGUCGUCUCAUAGCCAGAGACUUUGAUGAUGUUUUCCGAAAUGAUUGUCAUCUCCUCCUGACCCCAACAACCCUCUCAGAAGCUCCACUGCAUCGGGAAUUCACUGAGCAAACAAAUAGGGAUCAGUGUGCGGUGCAGGACUUUUGCACACAACCCGCGAAUAUGGCCGGAAUCCCAGCCAUUAGUAUUCCCAUUCGUCUCUCAGCCAACAAUCUCCCGCUUUCACUGCAACUCAUUGGACCUCGUCUAUCAGAGACACUCCUUCUGACCGUAGCCAGAUGGAUAGAGCAUACUGUAAACUUCCAGCAUAAAAUUUAAUUUACUAAAGUAGUUUAA